UUGAGAAGCUGAUAAGUUUGUCCUAUAUUCUGUAGUUUUGUAAUGAAAUACGGUUUCUAAGAUGGAAAUAAACCAUGACUGUGUUGGAUUUUUGAACAUUAACAUAUCAGCUAAUUUUACCAGAAGUUUAUUUGGAUAAACAGUUAUUUGUUGGACUGUGAGCCCAGGUCUUUGCCGGCUAGGCUAACCGCACUCGGUGCUCGCUGUCACACUUGGUUGCGUGGAAUUAUUUCUCUGCCCUUUAUGUUAUGUAUGUACAUAAUAUUGCGCUAGCCUACAUACAACAGCAUAUUGAACAAACAGAGGCAGUGAAGCGUGGUAUAUUAAGAUUCUUUUAAUAUUUUGAUAUCCAAAUCGUUUACAAUAUGGCGACAUCAUCGACAUCCAGUAGUAGUAGUGCCACCUCAAAAGAAGAAGUUUCGUCUGCUCCUGUGGGUGCCGAGUGUUCCAGAUCGAUUACCCCAGUUUCAAACCUAGACCCAAUGGAGAUUGAUAGUUUAAGUACUAUGUCUGAUUCAACUGUUUCGUCCAUGACAUCCAGUAAAAAAGAUAAAACAUGUAUAGUCUGUGGGGAUCGAGCUCUUGGAUAUAACUCGAAUUCCAUUUCCUGUGAAUCAUGUAAAGCCUUUAUUAGCCGUGAUGCACAUAAGGAUAGUUUAAGUACUAUGUCUGAUUCAACUGUUUCGUCCAUGACAUCCAGUAAAAAAGAUAAAACAUGUUUAGUUUGUGGUGAUCGAGCUCUUGGAUAUAACUUUAAUGCUAUUUCCUGUGAAUCAUGUAAAGCCUUCUUUAGGCGUAAUGCACAUAAGACAAUUCGGGGAAGAUGUGAAGGAAAAUGUGAAGUAACUAUUGAAUCUCGUUCCUUUUGUAAAAGAUGUCGACAAGCGAAAUGUUUCUCAGUUGGUAUGAGGAGAGAUAUGAUCCUUAAUGAUCAUCAGAAAAAAGCUCGAAAACAGAAAAUUAUCAUCAAUAAAUUACGUCGUCAAGGACACAUGCCACCCGAAGACACUUAUUCUGUGGGACCAGGAGACUUGCCGCUAUGGUCAAAAUCACAACCAGAUAGCCAAUUAAUUUCGGUGAAGCAGGAGAACUCUAAUUCACCAUCCUCAUGUAGUUUCCCAACAUCCCCCGAACCGAUCAAAUAUCCCGCAUGGGCUGAAUCUCAGAAUGUGGUUAAGGCAGCCAUCGAGUCGCUUAACGAUCGACAUAGGUUGGUUCUAGAAGAACUACUUCAUGCCCAUGAGGUCAGUUGCUUCCUCACAGGAACCUCAACUUCCCUCAAAAUGAACCCGUCAAAUCCAGAAGAGUUUGUCAAUAUUGCGGAAGGUUUCGUUCGUAGAAUUAUCAAGGUGGCAAAAAAUAUCGAAAGCUUCAAGAAACUCGUAAAAGAUGAUCAAAUAUGCUUGUUAAAAGGUGCCGUUGUUGACGUCAUGAUGUUACGUUCUGCGGUGAACUACGACCCUCAAACGGAAAGUUGGAGUUUAAGUACUGUGAAUUGUAUUAAGCCUGAUGUCACUGGCGCUGCCAGUCCAUCAACUUCAAAUACAACAGCAGAGUCCAGCAGGAUCAGUGCUAGUAUUUUAAAAUCCGGAAAUGCUGAAACUCAGCAUCUGUUCAUGACUUAUUCCAAGUUUAUUAAAUCACUCAUGACGACGAUUCACGGAGAUUUGCUCAUUCUUAAAGUCCUGAUUAUGAUGUCUUUGUACUCUGCUGACCGAGGAGAGCUUGUGAAUAGGCACAUGGUACACGAAAUUCAGGAGGAAUACGCUGAAAUCUUACAAAAUUACACAUUGUUUCGGUUUCCAGAAGAUAAAACGCUGUUCGCGAGGGUUGUCAUGAAAUUGACGGAUCUUAGGAAUAUCAAUGAAGUUCACACAAAAAUGUUGCUCAAAAUGAAAUUAGACGAUAUUGAACCUCUGCUUUUGGAAAUAUUUGACCUCCCUUCAUGACCUCUCUAUGACCUUUACCUCUUUGUGAUCUUAACUACUGGAAACCUCGUUAAAAAGUGUGCAGCUUGGAAUAUAUUUGUUCUUGUUUUUAUUGACAAAUUAUCCUGUGUUGAAAAUAUAAUUAUUAUUAUUAUUAUUAUUAUGGGAUAUUUUAAAACAUAUCUAUACCUUUAUAUAUCUAUAUAUAUUUUAGGUGCGUGUUAUUAUUAGGAAAGGGAGAUAACUAUUGUGGGAUCUCUUCAUGGGGAGAUAACUAUAAUGUUUACUAUGUUAAUUGUUAACUGGAUAAAUCACAAGUGGAUUAAAGUGUAUCACGGUUGUACUAUAUAUAUUUGUGUAUAUAAUUGGUAAAUGUACAUAGAACUAACUUUACGAUAUUGUGCGAACACUUCACAAUGCCUGUCAUCCCCAUUGCCAUGGGGAGAUCGAAACACGAUGCCUGGUGUAAUAGUAGCUGCCUUAUUAUUAUAGAAGUAGAGUGCCAUUUAUAUUUACCAUAAAGAGAUUUUUUGACUAGGAGAAUUCUUGAGAGCGGGUGUGCAUUAUAUUUUGAAAACAAAUGGCAACCAUAUCAUGUGAUGAUCGUAAUGAACAUGUUGGUCUAGGGUGAUUUAUUUUUUUUCGUUCAAUCUGUCUUUACAUUGGAUGUGGUUUCGGUUGUUGUCUGCGAUAUCGCGUCAGUGGAAGUGGACAUUAACCGAUUCUAACGAACGAACGGUUUAUGGUUCGAUAUUCCGUGACCAGAUCAUCUGUCAACAAACUGUCUCAAAGCGCAACACGAUAGCCAAUAGAAUUUAAUGAAUAAAUGAAAUGAGGUUUAACGUCCUACUUUUCUGUUCCAACUGGGAUAAUGAAGAUGGAGAUAAAAGGGAGAUCAAAUCUGCUGUGGGCCCUUUCAUAUCUGAAGAGUGGAUUUAUUUUACAGCAUCACUAAUUUUUAAGACAAACAAAGUUGUUAAAUCGUAUAUUAUAAUUUGAAGAUAUUGUUGAAUGUGGUUUUGAAUAUCUUCCCCCUUCCAUGUUAUCCUGGAUGAAUACGAGUUUGACUGUAGUAAUAGUGGAAUAUCCGCAAUGUUCUCCCCAGGAUGUGUAUAUACCAGUCUGUCUAUAAUUAGUGGAAUAUCGACCGAAUUUUAUUUAAAAUAUUGCUGAUUUUAUUUUUAUUUUUCUACAUUUUGUGUUUCAUUAAUUAGUUUGUUGACAAUUUACCUAAUUUUGUAUUUUAUUAAUUAGUGCUAAUCUGUUCACAAUUCUCUGGAUGUUGUGUUUCAUUAUAAAUUAGUGCGAAUUUGUUGACAAUUCUGUGUUUCAUUAAUCAGUGCUGAUUUGUUGAUAAUUUACCAUAUUCUGUGUUGGACUGUAAUUAAUUAAACAUCACCUGUGUGUAUAUUUUUAAAAUGGCACUUGUUAAAAUCUCAUACAGAUGUUCGGCCAUAGGUCUGCUUGUGCACACAAAGUGAAAGUAGAGAAAUGCUUAGUGUAUGUAGUUAAUCAUUAACAUAUAAUCUGUGUAUUCCCAAUCUAUAGAAGGGGAGCUAGUGUUAUCUAUACAUAUUCUGUCGUGUGUAAACCAUAAAAUUAUUGCUUGUCUGAAAAUCACACUUGAUUUUGUAAUGCACACUUUUUAGUUAUAAUGCAUAUUUAUUUAAAUUUAGCCAACAGUAUCCCGGAACCGGUCGAAAUAUUGAAAGCACAAGGGUAGUCAAUCGUUGGACACCACUUAUUAGGCGUUCUCAUUGGAGGAAUGAUUGCAUUGGCUCACUUUAACCCAGAUACACACAAUUACUGGUGAGGUUUUAAUCACUCCCUUGAAAAACCGAAAAGAUACAAUCAAGUCAGGGACAUAUUUCAGAUGUUUCCAUGAUUAAUAGUCAAUCUAAAUUACAUCGAAAAUCAUCAAAAUAUGUCAAACAGCCGCAACAUCCAGUUUUUUUGGGAAAGUGAUUUUGCAAUAUGAUUAAAACACAGAUCCUAUUUCGUUUCGUUUUUUAUAGUUCAAAAUUUCGUUUUACUUGUCAUUACUACACCUAGGAUCUGGAAGAGUUGUUAUAUAACCCGCGUUCUGCUUGAUGUGAGGAAUCAGCCAAUGAAAUGGUCUGUUACAGUGAGUUCUUGACGUCAACGCUGAUUAAUUAAUCAAUGUCAAAAGCCGCUCGUACGACCCCUGAUACGACCUUCCAGUACAAUGAGUCAGAUCUUGAUGUAGUGUAGGCCAUCGAAAGUAUAAAAAAAACGAAACGAAAUAUAAAUCUGUAAUUUAGUCAGAUUGGUGAUUGGGAGACUCGACCCAAGUUGGGGGGGUUGGAUGGCCGAAUGGUUAGCACGUGCGCGCUGUAUCAUAAAGCCUGUCAUUGAGUCUACUGGCAUGGUUUCGAAUCCCCGGUUGUACGUGACAAGGAGUAGGGUCGCCUGUCCAACCUCGUGGAUUUUCUCCGGGUCCUCCAGUUUCCUCCCACUGCUAAAGACCCCUACGCGCAAGCGAAUUAUUGAAAUAAAGUUAAACCAUAUGUUAGUCCCGAAAUGACCUAGUUUGUGUCGAGUGGACGUUAAACCCCAUUUCUCUCUCUCUCUCCCAAGUUACUGUUGGCUAUUUUUAUAUAUAUAUAUAUUAUCUUUUUUUGUUUAGCUGUCCCGGUAUUUGAAAAUCUGCAGGCCUGAUGUAUAUAAUGAAUUACUGAACUGAUUGCUUUGUUAGGAAGUACAUGUAGCUUAAAGUAACUUUGUUACGACGUCUUUAACUCAAUAUCAUUCACAGCCUUUGACAUUGCAAACACGACUUAUUGGUCAAUUUAAAUCAACAUUGAUGUUUUUAUCUUACCGUUAAAAGAUGGUCUCCUGAUAUUCAAUAUUUAAGACACAGUGAACAUUUUAAUAUUGGCACACAAAUCGAUUGCCAGAAUGCUUUUGAGUGCCAUUUGUUAUGAUGCGACUCAAUAAAAGAGGCUAAACAUAUCCCAGGGAGAAUACUACCGGUGUAGACCAGACGUCAAAGAAUGCUACUCAAUUUACAUUCUCUGCGUAUUUCGCCGAAUAUAACUGAUUAGAAUUUACAGUAAAAACAUAAACAAUUGAUUGUUAAUCAGUUUAUAUACAUUCAUAUUACAUUGCGACCCAUUUAUGUCUAUUUCUAGAUGCCAAAAAUUUAAAACAUAGCUCCUUUAAAGGGAAAAGUAACCCCAAACGUAUAACGAUUCAAAAAAAGACAAUUCCCCUGCUGACCACUAAAACGGACUAUAAGAUCUGGCUGGAGAUAUUGUUAGUGAUGAAUAUUACCCAUGAAGUUUAUUGUCGUUGAUAUUUUAUUUGUCAUUUUUGUACGGAAUUUAACGCCAUCAUUUUAUUGACCGGUAAAUCAUUUAAACCUCUCAAGUGGCCAUAUUUUUACGAUACUUGUGAAAUGUUUAAAUCUUGAUAUAUCAUUAUUUAUUUUUAUCGUGUUUCACAUUUCAUGCAUAAUAACAUCAAUCUAAAGCAAAAAAUGACCGGGGUGGAGUAUAUUUCGUCAUGUUACAGAAUAGAAAAGUGUAGGAGAAUAAAUGAGACUAUUAUUUAUUAACAGAUUUCUCAUAUAAAAAAAAUGAAUAUUCAACAGUCACCAUAUUUUUAUAGUUGAUUGUUUUGAGGGGUGUUAUGUUUAUUUCGUUAUGUUACAGAAUAGAUAGAGGAUAUUUGUCGUUUUAGAGUGAAUAACAUAUUUUAUUUCAUCGAGAAGCAAGAAAACUUAUCUUUUCACGAAUGCGUAGCAUGAGUGAAAAUAUAAAAGUUUUCUUGCUUAGAGAUGAAAUAAAAUAUGUUAUUCACGACAAAACGACAAAUGUUCUAUUUAUUUUAUGAUUUUACAAUCAUUUUAGGUAAAAAUAACUAGCCAGUGAAAUAACACUUUUAUUUCACUGAUAAAACGCGGUAUUCCACUACUGAUCGUAAAAUAAAAAGGUUUAUGAAAUAUGCAUUAUGCAAGAGCUAAACUGCCGAUUGCAGGUGUUUCUUUAGGUCUUAAAUGUUACCAAGACCAUAACCAACUCUUGAAGCCAUCGGAUUGCUCCGAUAUUAAGUAGAUUCAAAUACGUUUUGUGGUUUACCUUAAACCCCAUUUCAUUUUCUGUAGGAUUUCCAUGUAUAUUUGUGUGUGAUGGUAUCCCCCUUCACUUACUAUUAGAUAUUUAUUUACUUGGCAAGCCCAUAAUCAAUUUUUCGCUAGAUUUUAAUGAACGAUCUAUGCUAUAUGUCCAAACAGUCAUAACUUCGCUCAGACUAAAGAAAUUUGAAUAAAAUUUUCAAAAUAGUAAACUUUUUUGGACUACGUUAGAGGGGUAAUUUCUCUCUUCGGAUAUAACUGACUUUGAAUGAUUCUUUAAUAUACCGUAACAUAAAUAUACAUAUAUGUAUAUCUUCAUACAGUACUGACAGGCCAUGGUUACUGCACUUUGUAAGGUAGCCUAAUUAGUGACUCUUAUCAAUGUACAAAUUUGUUAUAUUUAAGGAAAAUCAGAUAAUAGAAUAAAAGUAAAUGUUGUAAUUAAAUCAGAUAUGUCAAUAGAUGAACAAUGCAUAAAGGAUUGAAAAAAACAAAAAUAAUAGAUGGGAUUAACGUCGUUACCUAAUGACGGCUUGAAAAGUGAUGAAAAGUUAACGACUUAACUAGCAGUUGAUCUUAAAGUGGUUAAUUUCAAGUUGCAAUUUCAUAUUUUUACGUUAUAUUUUUAAAAUGUAUAAAAUAAAACCUUAAAAUAGAUGUUAUCUAUAAACAGUCCUACCUUGUUAAAGAAUAAUCCUAUUAAUCCUAUAAUUCACUAUUGCAAGUUGAGAAAUUGGCAAAAAUAUCAUUUUCCUCUUCAAAUUCAAACGUUUGAAGAUAGCUACUCCAUGGUAGAGAAUAAAAAACAAGGGAGGUAAUUGUGUUAUUAUUUCCGGUGUAAAUGAAUUUUAAGUGUGAGAAUGACACCUAUGAUCGUAUAAUAGUGAGUUGACAACCUAUUGAGCAAAAGACAUAGAAAUAAUUAUGUUUUUACUUUCUUAGAAAAUAUGAAAUUGUAACUUUAAGACACUUUAAUUAUCUUAAUUAGCGAUUGGCAGAUUAUCACACCAUUAUAUUACUAUAGAAAAAACAUCCGGCUCUUUUAUCUAAAUCUAACAUAAUACAUCUUAAACAAUGUCUAUAGAUCUCUCUAACCUCGUGGGUUUUCUCUGGGUCCUCCGGUUUCCUCCCACUGCUAAAGACCCCUAUGCGCAAGCGAAUUAUUUAAAUAAAAUUAAACCAUAUGUUAGUCCCGAAAUGACCUAGUUUGUGUCAAGUGGACGUAAAACCCAAUUUCUCUCUCUCUCUCUCUCUACUAUAGAUCUCUUCGAUUCCAAUCGGAUUAAAACACAGAUCCUAUUUCGUUUCGUUUUUUAUAGUUCAAAAUUUCGUUUAUUUGCCUUUACUACACUAGGAUCUGGAAGAGUUGCUAUAUUACUGGCGUUUUGGUUGAAGUGAGGGAUAAGCCAAUAAAACAGUCUGUUACGGCAACUUCUUGGCAUGCAAAUGCACGGAACUGUAGGUAAACCACUAGAAACGCCAAUGGUGAUUGCUUAAUCAAUGUCUGAUGUCAUAGGAUCAAAAGUCGUUUGUACAACCUCAGACGCGACCUAUUACUACAACCAGUCAGAUCUUCAUGUAUAAAAAACCGAAAUAUAAAUCUGUAUUUUAAUCCGAUUGGAAAUCUUCAAAACAAACUUACCUUUUAUUGACGUCAGAAACCCUAAUUUGUUUGAAUUUCGAUAAGAAAAAAUGAAUCUCUUUUUCAAUUACUUAAGAUUAUUUUUGGGUCGAAUUUAAUUAUCAUAGUUCUUGAAAACAUGUUGCUUCAUUUCCCUUUACUGUAUCUUUUUUUUGCUGUUCUCUUUGUUGCUGUGUCCUUGAACAAGAGAUGUUUUUGUAAUAUCUCAACAUUCAGUUAACUUUGAUGUACGAUUCUAUUUAAAGCGUGGAUCAAAGAUGUAUGAUUUAGAUAAAGCGAUUGAAGCUAUUGAAAAUUUCUGUCAAAUUACUCUAUUCUGAGCGAAGUUUAUAGUUUUGACAAGAUUUUAUCAGACCUUUUCAACAUUAAAGAGGCAUUAUGGGAAGUUAGAUAAAGAGUUAGAUAUACAUGUAGUAGUUCAAAAACAGAUAAUGUAAAUAGAAUAUGUUGAAAAUGUCAGUCAAAUUGCUCCACCCUGAACCAAAGUACUGUAUUAGCUUUUGAAUUUUUUGAUUUAAUCAUCAAUGGGUGUUGAGCAGCAGAUCGGAUUCAAAUCCAGUGAAAAUCCGACACAUAAGAUGACAUCGAGAGUUGAUUAUGGUUUGGAUAAGUUAAUUAAUGUCUAAUUAAUAGUUUAUAGAAUUGCAAUAGGCAGAUUUAGCUCUUGCACAAUGGGUCAAUUCAAGUCCUGGGUUAUGGUGGUGUAGUGUGUAACACCAGUUAGAUCAGUGUAGCACUGGUGUAACGCUGUGCUAACUCAACCUCAGACCCCUGGGACUUGAAUUGACCCAAUGUAUGUUUAACCAAUUAAAUCUCAACCAUCCAAUGUUCUUGAGAGUUGAUAAAUAUAUAAAUACUAAUUUAUAUCACAUUCAAAGCCAGAAAAAAAUAUGAACAUGGCAAAUUUGGAUAAUUGUAAAACAAUUUGACUUGCGUCAUGAUUAGUGCUAAAUGAUAAGGCCAUCUCAUUUAUUUGUCAUAGGUCACGAGAUGUAAACGGGGCUAGCGCUAAUCCCAACCUUAACCUUAUACCUGGACCUAGCCCCAAUGCUAACCCUAACCCUAACCUACAAUCUUGCUAAAAAUUAGGUGCCCUAAACUUAUUUACAUCUCAACGACCUGGCCUUAACAAAAAGAUUUAGCCCUUGCAUCAUGGGUGUGUGGGGAGGAGCUGCAGGCCUACAUCAUAUCCCAUGAUAUGCAAAUUACUUGUGCACUUUUUCAGAAUGAAAGACUAAAUUGACGCAUCUGCAUUGAGUUAUAAAAUGUAUCAUGCAAGCUUAUCAUUAGUUUAUGGAUGCAAAAUUUAAGUGCAAUGCAAAAAGAUGAAAUAUUUGUGCAUUUAUGCAUAAAGUACAUCCGUGUUAAUCCACUCAGUGAUGUGGUAUUAUUACUGCUUCUUUGUCACUAAUGGCCAAUUCUUGUCGGGGAAAAUGUAGCCGUCACGUUUCAUUGACAAUGGUUCUUUAUACGAGUCAUAUUAACCAGUCUCGACCAGCUGAAGAACUUUUGUUAGUCGAUUUGUGCCAUAAGAUUAAAAUUUUAAACGAA